AACUCUUGAGGAAGAGGGCCAACAUUGGCAGCUUGCAAACACCCAACAUACAGGAGGCAGUUUAUAUAAGCUUUGAUGAUUUGGAGUUAGGGAUAAUCCAUUCCAUUUUUGUCCAAUUUUAAGAGCACUUUUUUUUUUUCAAGUACCUCAUUUUCUUUCCAGUUCAAUAUUUGGCGUUCUGUUUUUCUCAGUCAAAAUAAAUGGAUUUGGUAAUUUUUGAGGCUCUUUGCCAUUUUCUGACUGUGGUCUGCUUGAUUUGGAGGGUGUGGAUUAAGAGCUUUUCCACACAGGAAUACAGAAGUGGCUAAAAACAUGAUUUUAAGAUAGGUUUUUCUGGGUUCCGAUUCCACCUGCUGAUUCCAAGUUUUGUGAUGGAGCAUGUCAGUCCUGAGUGCUCUAAUAUUCAAUAUUUGUAUCUCUGAAAGUGGAAUACAGCAACAACAACAAUAAAUGAGUCUAGGGGAUAAUGAUACUCAACUUGCUGCAGCUGUCACAUGGCCAUGACAGUGAAAGAGAAGAUGGAAGAUGUUUAUUGCUGGUUAUACUGCUACUCCUGAAAAUGAAGAUUGUGGAAAAUGACCAUGAAUGUUGGCAUCGGCCACAAUGUAGGAUUUGAUAAACAGAAGAUCAUUAGCGGGUAGAAGCUGGCAGAGAAUCUGAGUGGUUGAUCUACAUUAGGAAGAACAAAUUCUGAUAAAGGUAGAAGCCGCCACCCUCAAAAAGCCCUAUACCAGUUACUGGAAUGAGAUUACAAUGAGAGAUUUCACCUAGCACACUGAGAACUAUUAGAUUACAUGAAGGAUUGGUUGCAGUGCAGCAGAACUGGAAUAGUCUUCUGGGAGUGAAUGUGACUCCAGGAUGACAGCUUUGUACGUGAUAACCUGGACAUUGCCCGUUAGGACUGAGCCUUCUAAAGUAACUGAAGCCGUAGGCAAAAGUAUAUUCACACAGAAGUUUACAUAGUAUUAUUAGAUACUGGUAUCCAGACUGGCAGUCAGUUGACAAAGGACAUACACGAUGAGAAGGAUGGCACAUCCUUUAUGUGUCACAAAGUCUCCUACCAGGAAACAGACAUCUCAGAAGCUGUUACUCCAGUGCCUCCACAGGAAGUCCACUCGGUUGGACAUGUGAAGGUGGAAAAGAGCAGUGCCCUUGCUGGGACAGUGAAAGAGGAGGCAGACCCUGUGCAGGAGGGUUUCUCUCAUUUGAGUCCAGGCAUGAGUGGGUAUCAUAGCCCGUGCAAAGAAGGGCAGUCCCCUGCGUGUCCAGGAUGGAGGAAUGCCUUCACCUUUGAUGUACAGCUUAUUAAAUAUGAGACAGUCAGCACUGUGGGAAGACCUCCAAAACAUGAAUUAUCUGCAGAAACCUUUACCUGUGACUGUCACUUUAAUCAGCCUCAAGAAAGCACUGAGGAGAAGGAAUGUCAUCAAAGAGUGGAGUGUGACCAAGGCCUCAGUAUUAAUGUAAAACUAGUUAGGCUUCACAGAGGGGAGUGCGGGAAAAGCUUCCACUGCAGUUCCCACUGCAUCACCCACCAGACCGUUCACAGUGGGGAGAAGCCCUACCAGUGUAAGGUGUGCGGGAAGGCCUUCAAUAUUAAUGGGAGUCUGAGCAGGCACCAGAGCGUCCACAGUGCAGAGAAGCCCUUUCAGUGCAAGGACUGUGGGAAUGGCUCUAGCUGUAGUUCCACCUUUAUCACCCACCAGAGGGUCCACACUAGGGAGAAACCUUACGAGUGUACGGAUUGUGAGAAAGCAUUCUCCGUUAAUGCCAAACUCGUCCAGCAUCAGAGAAUCCACGCUGGAGAGAAACCCUAUGAAUGCAGUGAGUGCGGGAAGGGCUUCCUGUGCAGCUCCCAGCUGAGGCAGCAUCAGAGUGUCCACACGGGAGAGAAGCCCUGUCGGUGUCAAGAGUGUGGCAAAGCCUUCAGCAGUAAUGCCAGACUCGUCCAGCACCAGAGAGUCCACAAGGGCAAGAAGCCCUACACUUGCCCUGAAUGUGGAAAGGCCUUCAGUGUUAAUGCAAAGCUGACACAACAUCAGAGGAUCCACACCGGGGAGAAGCCCUAUGCAUGCAGUGAGUGUGGGAAAGCCUUCAGGUGUAGCUCCCAGCUUCGUCAGCACGGGAGGAGCCACACAGGGGAGAAGCCGUAUGAAUGUAGUGAGUGUGGAAAGGCCUUCAGUGUUAAUGCAAAGCUGACACAACAUCAGAGGAUCCACACCGGUGAGAAACCCUUCCAGUGUGGUGAGUGUGGGAAAUGCUUUACUUCCAAAAGAAACCUCCUUGAUCAUCAGCGGAUCCAUACAGGCGAGAAGCCUUACCAGUGUAAAGAGUGUGGGAAGGCCUUCAGCAUCAAUGCCAAGUUAACCAGGCACCAGAGAGUGCACAGUGGCGAGAAGCCAUUCAAAUGCACGCAGUGUGAGAGAGCCUUCAGCUGUAGUUCUGAUUACAUUGUGCAUCAGCGCAUCCACACUGGAGAGAAGCCUUUUCAAUGCCAGCAGUGUGGGAAAGCCUUUCACGUCAACGCCCACCUGAUCCGGCAUCAGAGAAGCCACACUGGGGAGAAGCCCUACAGGUGCGUGGAGUGUGGCAAAGGUUUCAGCCUCAGCUCUGACUGUCUUAUACACCAGACUGUGCAUACUUGGAAGAAGCCCUACUUGUGUAAUGUGUGUGGGAAAGCCUUCAGGUUCGGCUUCCAACUUAGUCAGCAUCAGAGGGUGCACAGUGAAGGAGAAGCCUAGCAGUGAGGAAGGUGUGGGGCACUGCCAAGGCGGGUGCUGCCCUGGGUCAGAUAUGAGCUUCACCCUGGGGGGAAACGCAAGACAAAUGAGGACAAUAGUCUUCUG